AUGACCAACGUCUCCCAGUACAACGGCCAGUUCUUCCGGGCCACCUCCCCCGUUGACAAUGUUCUCCUCCUCGAGAUGAACAGGGGUCCCGUCAACGCUUUCCAUGACGCGUUCUGGGAGGAGAUGCAUGCGACCCUCGACCGUGUCUCGAUGGACGCCGACGUCCGCGUCAUUGUCCUUGCCUCGGCCUUGGAGAAGAUCUUCACCGCUGGCCUCGACCUCAAGGCGACGCACAUUGGUAAGGGUCAGGCGCUCGACGCAGCCCGUCAGGCCUUCGACACCUACAAUCACAUUUCGCGUUUCCAGGCCGCCAUUUCUGCACUCGAGAAGUGCCGCCAGCCGGUUAUCUGCGCGAUCAACGGCAUCGCAGUCGGCCUCGCCAUUGACAUUGCAUCUGCAUGCGACAUCCGUCUCUGCGCCGAGGACGCGACUAUGGGCAUCCUUGAGGUCAAGGUUGGCCUUGCCGCCGACAUUGGCACUCUGCAGCGCUUCCCCAAGAUUGUCGGUAACGGGUCGAUGGCCCGCGAGCUCGCUCUUACCGGCCGCAAGUUCUACGCUGCGGAGGCCAAGGAGAUCGGCUUCGUCAGCCGAGUCGUCCCGGGGGGUCGCAAGGGUGUACUUGACGCGGCGAUCAAGCUCGCUGCCGAGAUUGCGCCCAACAGCCCUGUUGCCGUUGUCAGCACCAAGCACAUUAUGAACCACGCGCGCGACCACGGCGUCGACGCGGGUCUCGCGUACCAGGCAGCAUGGAACAUGGGUAUGCUUCAGACCAAGGACACCCAGGUCGCUAUGAAGGCGCAGCUGGCCAAGACAACGCCGCGCUUCCCCAACCUCGACGCGAAGCUCUAA